GUCUUAGUCCGCCUUGGGAACUCGAUAACGAAGCAAGAAAAGGCAAGCCAAUUGAUCACUGGAAACGCCCGAACCACAGUUAGUCUGCGCAUACCAUCGCAGACGAUACUCACCUGCUGUAAACAGCUAUCACGGCGUGACCGUCGCCCAGCUUGCUUUGCCGCUUUCCAUAGUCCAAGCACUCCUUUGCAGGCAUUUGAUCGCGCUUCAGCUGCACCCCUGCGAGCCCCCUCGGAUCAGUGUGCUCUGCCUUUGUGAAACCCUGUCUACCACUCCCCAGAUUAUAUUAAUCUUCGUCGCCCGCACGUCUUCGCGGUCGACUGUCGUUCGCUCACAGCUGCACUUUGUCCACCUUUACACAGUGUACCUUGUUCACCAUGGCCGCUGCUGCUGCUCAGAACGCGCCUGACAUGGCCAUGAGCCAUGAGCCCAAGGUGGCCACUCCGCUCUUUGAAGUCGAUGAGAAGAAAGCUCUUGAUGCACAACGCAGCACGAGUUCAAUCUCUCACGAUCAACCUCCGGUUGAGUUCGAGGCGGACAUGAUCGGUGAGGAGCCGACCGAGGAGGAUUUGAGAACACUUCGCCGUGUUUCUGGCAAGAUCCCAUGGGUCGCCUACACCAUUGCAUUCGUCGAGUUGUGCGAGCGUUUUGGAUACUACGGUUGCCAGGUCCUCUACACCAACUUUAUCCAGCACCCACUUCCUGCCGGACAGCCCACUGGGCGCGACCCCAGAGAGGAUGGCCAGCCUGGUGCUCUAGAUAUGGGCCAGCGUGCCUCCUUCGGUAUUGGUACCUUCAACUCUUUCUGGGCCUACUCGACCCCAAUUCUUGGUGCUAUCAUCGCCGAUGAGUACUUGGGACGUUUCAACACCAUCUUCAUUUCCAUCGCUGCCGCCAUUGUCGGCCACAUCUUCCUCAUCGUCUCCGCUCUCCCAAGCGUUCUCGCUAGCGGCAAGGCCAUCGCUCCUUUCAUGCUUGGUGUCAUUACUCUCGGUUUCGGCACUGGCGCAUUCAAGGCCAACAUCUCCCCUCUCAUUGCUGAGCAGUACAAGCAGACCAAGCUCCGUGUCGUCAUUGAUGAGAAGACUGGUGAGCGUGUCAUUUCCGACCCCAGCAUCACCCUUUCCCGUAUCUUCUUGUACUUCUACAUGAUGAUCAACAUCGGUUCGCUCACCGGUCAAAUCUCCAUGGUCUUCGUCGAGAAGUACAUCGGAUUCUGGUGCUCAUUCCUGUUGCCCACUAUCCUCUUCUGCUGCUGCCCCAUCGUGCUCUGGUUCUGCCGACACAAGUACCACAAGAGCCCUCCAACUGGCUCCGUGUUGAUCCGUGCUAUCAAGCUCUGGUCACUCGCACAGAAGGGCAAAUGGUCCGUCAACCCCGUGCAAACCCGCAAGAACUUCAAGAACGACCGUUUCUGGGAGGAUGUCAAGCCAAGCCACUUGGGCGCAAACAAGCCCGCCUGGAUGAAGUUCGACGAUGCUUGGGUCGACCAGGUCGCUCGUGGUCUCCGUGCCUGCUCUUGCUUUACCUGGAUUCCUCUGUACUGGCUCUGCUACAACCAGAUGAACAACAACCUUACCUCCCAGGCCGCUACCAUGACCCGUAACGGUGUCCCCAACGAUGUCAUCACCAACCUUAACCCCAUCUCCCUCGUUAUCUUCAUCCCGCUCGUUGACAACUUCCUCUACCCCGGUCUCCGCAAGGCUGGUAUUCGCUUUACCCCCAUCAAGCGUAUCACUGCAGGUUUCUUCCUCGCCUCCAUGGCCAUGGUCGGUGCCUCCGUGAUCCAGCAUUACAUCUAUGCCACCGGAAAGUGCGGCAAGUACAUGAACUCCUGCAAGGAGGGCGACACCAAGAUCGCGGCCCCCAUCAACGUUUGGGUCCAAGCUGUUCCCUACGUUCUCGUUGGUUUCUCUGAGAUUUUCGCUUCCAUCACUGGUCUUGAGUACGCUUUCACCAAGGCACCCAAGAACAUGCGUUCUCUCGUCACCUCGUACUGGCAUUUCAUGUCCGCCUUCUCCAACGCCAUUGGACAGGCUCUUGUCUCCCUCUCCGAGGAUCCUCUCCUCGUCUGGAACUACGCCGUUGUUGCUAUUCUUGCCUCCAUCGGCGGUGUCUUGUUCUGGUUCCACCAGCGUGACAGUGACGCGAAGGAGGACGCUAUGAACAUGUUGCCCGAUUCCAACUACGUUGGUCGUGACAAGCACGAGGGCGUCGCCGACGAGACUGACGCUUCUCACCGCGCUUAGGUGCAUUCCAUCAUCUGUUAUCAGCUCAAAUACCCCCUUUACUGUAGUCAGCGUGAGCCUAGAAGCGCUGGUAGACUUAUAGUUCCAGUUUGCCUUCUGGUGAGCCUGUUUCUUGCAUAGUUAUGCGUAAUGUGGAGAUCACGGUCGGUUAUGAGGCAUGAGGUAGCGUAGCUUCCAUUAGUCGAUGACGAGACCGAAUAUAUCAUUCAUUUAACAACUCCAAUUUGCCAUCUAUCUCUUGAAGUGAUGAAAAGAGCGUACAGCUUGCGAUGAAGACGAUGUUCAAUGACUGUUUAGAAAAGUGAAAAACAAGUUGAUCAUACUUGAGGUUAAAGAAGGAAGGAAGCCUGAAAGGUC